AUGAGUGGCUAUCUCUGGAAAUACUAUCUCGAAGAUGAUCUCGACAGCUUCCGCCAUGUCUUGGGUCAUACCACAUACACAGCGCGUGCGGCCACACAGAAAGGCAUCGCUGGCUGGCAGGGAACCAGCCAUGGACACGAUGUAAACAGCAGCCCUGGGAGCCAUGUUGCAUCUCCUAUAUCGAGCAUCAAGGGGCGCAGGAACCAGGGCCAACCCCCUGUCUCCUUAACCCGGGCCGACAUCAACAGCCGCGAUAAUGUUGGUAUGACGAUCCUGCACCAUGCUGCGUCUUCUACAUCUCCAAACGCUCUUGGCUUCGCGCAAGCCCUCUUGGAGCACCCCUUGGUUGAUCUCUAUAUCCAAGACGCGGAGAAUGGAUGGACCCCCCUGCAUAGAGCCUUAUACUUCGGAAAUAUUGCCACUGCGCGCUUGAUUCUGCGCAGGGACACAAAGGACAUUCUUGGUCACGGCUCGGGCGGCUACAAUCACCAUGCUAGGGGUCUGGUGAAGAUCAAAGACAAGGAAGGCUACGGCCCGCUCGAUUUGUACUCUCUUACCAUCAAGGACCGCACCCUAAACCCUCAGGACACGGUAGAGAUCGAUCCAGAUUCGGAUGACGAAGCCCAUGGCGACAGCGGAGAUAGGGAUGAAGACAGUACGAAAAAUCAUGUUGCCCCACAGGUACUACUGAAGGGUGAUGAAGUCUUCACCUUCGGAAGCAACAAGAACAUCACGCUCGGCUUCGGAGACGAAGAUGAUCGUCAAUUCCCUGAACGGAUUAUGCUGCGGAGACCAGAUCAUUUGCUGCAAAGGUUCUACCAGGAACAUCGAGAGGCUCGAUCCAAGAUUCUGAAUUCACUAAAUUCGUCUCAUCACGAUUUCGGCGGUGAGCCGCCAAAAGCGGUGACCGACCUUCCCGUCCACAUCCGCAACACCCCUAUCGUUAUUCAGGAUGUGCAGAUGUCAAAGCUGCACACUGCCAUCUUGACGACAGAUCCCGUUGCGAACCUUCACAUCUGCGGCCAUGGUCCUGGCGGCCGAUUGGGAACAGGAAAUGAAACAACGAGGUAUCAAUUCGCUUGCAUUGAAGGCGGCGGAUUGGGUCACAAGAAAGUCUCCGCCGUAGCCCUGGGACAGAACCAUACCUUGGCUAUUACGGACGAAGGUGAAAUCUUCUCUUGGGGAAGUGGUGCAUAUGGUCAGCUCGGCUAUUCGCUCCCCAAACCCUCUCUGAAGGAUGAUGAUCCUGUGUCCACCCUUCCCCGACAGAUCUUUGGUCCACUGAAGAGGGAAAUUGUGAUCGGUAUUGCUGCAUCUCGGAUCCACUCAGUGGCGCAUACAUCGUCCUCUCUCUACACGUUUGGAAAGAAUGAAGGCCAACUUGGCAUUGUCGAUUCCGACGCUCGAUCCCUGGAAUUGCAAACAACUCCCCGCAGGAUUGCUGCCUCGUUGUUCUCCUCUGCUAUAUCGUCGGUCUCGGCUAUAGAAGGCGCCACGAUCUGUCUACUAGAGAAUCAUGAGGUGUGGGUCUUCGCCAAUUACGGUUAUGCUAAACUCAGCUUCCCCUUGGAGGGUUUCACAAACUACUUCUUGAAGGAGAGCUGGCUCACUACCAAGUACGAUAAGACUCCAAACAGAAUCACCAAGGUGACUUCUGCUGGAGACACCAUUUGCGCACUUGCCACGUCCGGUGAAGUCUUCACCGUCACGCUCAAUCGUUUCACCUCUGAGGCGAGUACUUCAACCACGAACCCAAAGCAGAUUCGCGGCGCAUUCUCCACCCCCCACAGAAUUUGGGCUGCGAAGAGCGGUCAUAUGGCCGCUAGGGAUGUCGAGGUUGAUCAAGACGGAUCCAUCAUCUUGGCGACGCAAUCCGGAAGUGUUUGGAGGCGUACGAAGCGAGCGACAUUGAAGAAUGCAACCGCUUCGGGCACUGGCGAAUACAAGCCCAAGGACUACAAGUUUCUCAGAGUUCCAGGACUGACCCGGGUUGUUGCUGUGAGGGCAUCUGCCUUUGGUGCUUAUGCAGCUGUCCGGAAGGACUGCGAUGUGACCAAAACGCAGAUUGGGGUUGAUGAGCCUAAGCUGUGGAAUGACGUGGCCUCCCUUCUCUCCUUCGGUGAUUUGUCCACUUAUGGGGAGAGGUCGGACGACGGAAACCCUACUCCAAGUUUUCGGCAGUCAUCAUCCUCCAGAGUCGGACCGCUACACGGGCGCGCUCUCCGGUCCAAAGACCUUGAGGAUGAAGUCGCAGCUCUUAUCGCCAAGACUCUAUCUUCUGGCAGAGUUUAUGACAUGGAGCUGGGCUCGACAGUGUCGGACAUACGUAUACCUGUGCAUGAGUUUGUCAUAUCCGGUCGGAGCCGUCCGUUCAGAGAGUUCAUGGCAGAAUUCCGCUCUCAAGAGGCAGACUUUGUUGUUCCAGAGCUCUUAACGAUCACUCGCGAAGGCGGAAAACCUGUUGUAUUGCUGCAUGGUUCCGACUUCCUCACCGUCUUCAACUUGGUUGUCUACGCUUAUACCGAUACUGUUGUCGACUUCUGGAACACAACUCGUCAGUUCCCCACUAUGGCCGCCCGAUACCGUGCAGUGCGCACCGAGCUCAUGAAGGUUGCCUCCCGGUUGGAACUGUUGCGACUCGAACCGGCAGUGCGACAAAUGGUACAGCCCAUCCGGUCCAUGGACUCGGAUUUCAGGCUGGCACUGGAUGAUGCGUCUUACGGCAACAGUGGCGACGUCAUUGUAGAGCUUGCCGAUGGCGAAAUGCUUCUACACUCUGCCAUGCUCUGCCAGCGCUGCCCAUUCUUCCAAGGCCUCUUUGGAGGCCGUGCGGGGGGCCAAUGGCUUUCUGGAAGGCGCACUGACGACUCGCCCCAUAUUCGAAUUGACCUGACACAUGUCGAGAUGCAUCUUUUCGAGCUUGUGGUUCGCCAUAUCUACACUGAUGCCGGGGAAGAAAUCUUCGACGAUGUCACAAGCGAAGAUCUGAAUGACUUCCUGGCGCUUGAAGAGCUUUUCGAUCACGUCAUGGAUGUGAUGGGAGUCGCGAACGAACUGAUGCUCGAUCGUUUAUCCCAGAUCUGCCAAAGGCUGAUUGGCCGUUACGUCAAUGCCCGCAAUGUCUGCUCCUUGCUCAAUGCUAUUGCCCCAAGCUCGGUGGCAGAGUUCAAAGAUGCAGCAUUGGAAUACGUAUGCUUAAGUCUGGAGGCUGUACUGCAAAACGGGUCUCUGGAUGAACUUGACGAGGAUCUUCUCCUCGAGCUCAAUGAAGUGGUUCGCGACAACCAGCUAGCCAACCUACCAUUCGUGAAAAGCGGCAGAGCUGAGGCUUUGUUAUUCGACAAGUAUCCUGAGCUUGCGGAGAGAAUCGAGAGAGGCAAACGUGCGAAGAUCGAUGCGAUAGUGCUAUCGAACAAAUUUGCAGAGAAUGAAGGCCUGGCGUCCACCUCCUUCCGAGCGCAGAGCUUGGAAGAGAUAUCGUCGUCGCCGCUUCGCCAGCGUGCUAAAAGGAGAGCAUCACGAGAUGCGAAAGCUGCUGAGAGCCCAGCGCUCACUCCCCAGCUCAAAGCAAAGGGCUCCGUGGCGGACCUUAUCUUCGACAUGUCCGAUGGUGGGGAGGAGGGUGAUGCAGCGACACAGAAUGACCGUAUCCCCGCUCCACGGUUCACAGCAGCUCCGACUAAGCCGUCGCUCAAGUCUCCGCUUUUGUCUCCUGAGGAACGAGCGUCUCCGUCCGCAUCGAGGAGCACACUUCUGAAUACACCGCCAUCAUCCCGUCUCCCACCUCCAGCUGUUGCACCCACCACAACCCAGACUAGGACGCCUGACCGGCCAUGGGGUGCAAUUCCCCUUGGGGGUGACCGACUUGGUCUCAAGGACAUUAUGUCCCAAGCUUCCUCUAGCAGCCCAUCCAACCUCACGCUCGGUUUGCGCGAACAGAGCAAAGGAGAGGGCGCUUCGGGAUCCUUUAAGAUGUCUCAGAAGGAGCGAAAGCGACUACAACAAGCACAACAACUUGGACAGUCGGAGAAAGCACAGCCGGCUCCUCCAUCCGUCUCGCCAUGGCAGGCUAUGUCGAAGCGAAAAUUGACGCCCUCUCCUGGACCUAGUAGCAGCCUGACUACAAAACCGUCAGCGCAGAAAGCUCCAGCGCAAGCCGCCAAUACACCUGGUGGACCUAGUACUCCUCAGCUGACGAUGCGUCAAACUAUAGCUAAAGGUGGAGCGGCAGCUAAGCAGACGAACCAGCCCAGACAAGAGACCCCACGCUCCGCAUCUACAAAGAUACAAACGGAGCAUCGACCCUCCUCUGCAAACGGCCCUGGGAUGUCCGUCUCGACCGCGCCCAUCCCAACGCCUCGCUCUGUCCGCCACAUUCCCCUCCCGUCGCACUCACCCACCUCCCCAAGCCUGCAUCUCACCAUGGAAGAAAUCUUGUAUCAGCAAGAAGCAGAAAAGGCGUAUAUCAGAGAUGCAGCGGCGAAACGGAGCUUGCAGGAGAUCCAGCAGGAACAGGAGUUCCAGCAGUGGUGGGAUCAGGAGAGCAGGAGAGUGAUGCUGGAAGAAGAGCAGAGGAAGAGGGCGGAAGAGCGGGCGGCCAGAAAUGCCAGGGGUAGGGGUCGUUCAGGGAGAGGUAGAGGGAAGGGGAAAGAGAAGAAGGACGGUGAAGCUGCUGCGCCUGCUGCUGCAAAUCAUGCUCCAGCGGAAGCGUCUGCACCAGCACAGACGUCUUCGAGACCUGAGGGCGGGGAGAGGGGCAGAGGGAGAGGGAGAGGGCAUAAAGGAGAGCGGGGAGGUGCUGGUGGAGGCAGAGGAGGUAGGGGUCAGGCACCGCCGAGGGAGAGCACGGCGACUCAUCAACCCGCUGUGGGUAGAGCAAAAGUCGGGAGCCAGGCUUGA